AUGAGAUCGUGUCGUGCUGUCUAUGCUGGUAUUUAUGAUCGUGAUAAAUGUUCAGGUAUAUUUGGUACAAAUUCAUGUUUUGGUAAAAGAGUUAAAUCUGAUAGUAAAGAAUGUUGUGAUGCUGGUAACAAAGAUUGUCGUUAUGGUACAGUUGAAGAUUCUCUCUGCUGGAUUGAUUACGAUACAGAUAGUCGUGGUAAGGAGAAAGGCGUUGGACAAGCUGUCGUUGCUUGUGCACUAUGUAAUUUUAUUAUUAGUAACGAAGGUACAACCCGAAAAAGAAAAAGAAAAAACGAUUGCUGUUUAUUCAUGUAAACAUAUGGAAAAAGCAAAUAGUAGACAAAAAAGCUGUACAAAAUAAUAAAUAAACUCUUGUUUCUUUUCUUUUUCAUAUGUUUGUUUUUAACAAAUCAAUAAAUACACUGAUACACUACUAUCCGUUUCAAAAUAUAGUGCGGCUACUGGAAGACGGUUUUUGAAUAACUUUUGACAGCAGUAAGUUUAAGAUAGAAACUUGUCGUUUUUUCAAUUUUCGACACUAGACUAGGGAUGCAGCGGUUAACCGAUGAGCGGUUGUAACCGAUAAUUAUAAUUGGUAUUAUCAGGGAAGUUUUUUAACAAAUAAUUAAAAUUUCAGUCUUCACUUUUUCAAUUUCUUCUGAUCUAUGGCAGAGCCGCUGAUUAUUGAAGGGCAGGAAAAAGAAACGAUCCUGCGAUAUCCACGGAUUAUCACCCUUCAUAUUGGAUAAAAUGCCUAAGCACUAUUGGAAUUUAAUUGCUAAUUUGUACAAUUACUCGUUUCGAACAUGUCA